CUGAACUCUGAAUUAAUCGAACAGUACUCGUCAAUAUUUAUAUUUUGUCACAAUGAUACAAACUGAGUUUUUCAAAGAUGUUUUGAAGCAAUUAGGCUGGAACGAGGGCUUUCAAAUACCAGUUGCUAAUGAUGAAAAUAAAGCAUUAGAAGAGCAAGUGGCGAAAUUAACUUUAGCAAGAUUAAAGGCCAAAAAUGAGUCCGAAUUGUCUUCCCAAAAGUAUGAUGCACUGGAAAGACAUUUUAAAUUUGUCACGCAAGAAAAUGAACAAGUAGAGAAAUUGAUAUCGGCUCAUAAACAACGACUUGAUAGCGAAAACCACUAUUUACGAAUAGCAACAUCGGAGAGGGACCGCUUGAUACAAGACAUUCGAGAGAGUAAUAAAAGGAUGAAAGAAAUUGAAGAGAAGAAUGUCGAAAAAAAACGAGAGGUAAAAAGAAGUAUGGAAAGAAUGGAUAAAAUGAAGAAAGAAACAUUUUGGGACGAGGAAGCUCUUAAAGCUUGGGAAGAAUCUUUAAAGAAAAGACAUGAUGACAAUAAUCAAUUGAUAAAAUUUUCAAAACAAGAUGAAAAAAAAUUUUUAGAACUAGAAGCUAAAAGGGCCAGUUUACAGAUAGAAUAUAUGCAGAGGCAAAAAACUGUGGCAAAAAUGGUUAAUGAUCUCAUCAAUUAUGAGUCGAUAUUAGAGAGAACAGGUAAAACUAUACAAACACAAGUAGCUGAAAGAAAUUCUCUUGUUAUGCAGUGGAAAGAAACGGUCAAAAUUCUUCAUCAGAGAGAUGAUGCUAUUUCUUCACACCAAGAUAAAUCACUUAAUACUAUGGAACUUAUAGAGAGAGAAAAAGAAUCUUUGAAGAAUGAAGAGAAUUUACUCAAUAUAGAGAAGAAUAAUAACAGAGAGAUAGAGAGAGAUAAUGAAGAUCUUAAUUCUCAGUAUUCAAAAUUUCAAAGGGAUUUGGAUAAAGUUAUUCAGUAUGUUCUGUUUCUCAAUAGUGAGGAAAAUAGUAUGAAGCGUCAAGUAACAAAAACUGCAAAUGAUCUGGAGACUGAGAGAUGUAGAGCCAAAACGUUGAAGAAGGAAAGAGAAAAUAAAUUCAAUGCCAUUAUAAAUUUAGAUAAAAAAAUUGAGAACUUGAAAGAAAAAUUUGAGAGCUUGAAGAUUGCUAAUAUGAGUAUAUCAGAAAGAUGUAAGCAUUUGGAAAAAUUGAUUGAGUUUGAGGCUAAACAACAUAAUGUUUUCUUGAGUGAUAGUGAUAGACUAUCGCAGACAUUAUUUCGCGUACAAUCAAAACUUAGUGAACAAAUUGAAAUAAGUGGAAACAAGGAGCUGGAAAUUGCUAAUCUGGCGACUCUUGUUGAUGGUCUUCAAAAGAUGACAAAAGAGGCACAAUCUAACGUGGAUAAGCGAAAGGAGAUAAUUUAUAAUAUGGAAUUCAGAAUUGAUCAAUUAGAAGAGAAAUUGGCUCUUAUUGAAAAACAAAAAAAUACUGAAGAUGAUGAAGAUGUAUAUAACAGAAUAAAAAUGUUAGAUAAAGAUUACACAGAAUAUACAGAUACGAGAAAUCUCUUGCAAGACCAGAUAUCAAGAAUACAAGAUGAAAUGCGUCGACUGACCACAGCAAUCACUAAUGAUGAGCAGAAGUUAGCCAUUUUGCAUAAUAAAUUACAAAAUGAAAAAUUAGAUUACGAAGGAGGACUGAAACAAGUUGCUGCCGCAAAGGCUGCUGCUCAGGAAAAACAAGUUGAAGAAAAUAUACUGAUUUUAAAACUCAAACAGUUUGACCAGAGUAUGAAGAAGGAGGAAAUCGACAUAUACAAUUUGCAGAAAAUGAAACUCAAUUUGGAACAGGCAAUGCGUGAAAGAGAUUUGGAGGUGAAGAGUAAAAUGGAACUUUUGAAUGUUCAAAAACGGAAUCUGGAUGAAGACCGCGGAAGGCUGAGAAGUGAUUUUAAGGGAAGGCAGUUGAAAGUAGAACAACUGCAGAGUAAAUAUCAUCUGGUUACUAUGUCUUUGGGAACAGAUGAGGACGGACAAACUUUAUCGGUUACUCACUAUAAAUUGAAAGCUGCUCAAGAUAAAUAUUUUUUGAAGCAGCGUGGUGAUAUUUUGGACUAUAAGAUCAAGCGCAUAGAGAAAGAAAUUGUGGCAAUGGAAAAUACACUUAAGAUUGUUAAUUUAACUAAUGCAGCCUACAAAAAAAGUUUGAGUGAAGUAGAAGACACAGAUAAAGAAGCCGAAACAAUGCAGAGUUUACAGAAAAAGUUUGUUGAUUUAACUGAUCAACAAAGAAUACUCAGGAAAACGUUGAUAUAUGAAAAGCAAGAUCUCAAAGGCAUUAAAGACGAAAUGGAAGAACUGAAAAAAACUCGAAAGGAACUGGAAUAUUCUCUAGCUGAACUGGAAACUGAAUUCAACAAAUUACAAAAUGAACUGAGAGAUAAACAGGAGAAGGUUAAACGAACUGAAAACUUGAUGAAAAAAGUUGAAAGCAAACUCAAAUUGGAAACUCUGACCAAGUACGAUAGAGAUUUGGAAGUUCAACAAAUUUCAGAAGCGAAUAAAAACGGAUUACAAAAACUUUGCCAUGUAGCAGAAGCAGAUCACAAAUUGAAAGCAAUAUUGGAAAAUUUUGCCAAGGAGAACAACAUAAAAUUACCUGAUAUAAAAGUUGCAUCUUCGCGAUUUAGUGAAACCUCAUUUUCAUCAAGUGAUAUUCAGUCCAGUCUUUCUGAAGACUUAAAAUCCUCCAGGAGUUCAGCAGAGUGUACAAAAAGCAUUCGCAUAUCAUCCAAAGAAGAUAUUUCUGGUUCAUGCCACUGUUCUAGUUCCAGUUCUGUGUCGGUUCCUAAUUUAAUACUAUCAUUCAAUGCAAACAACAAAAAAUAAUUUAUGUCCACUUCACUAAAUUUCCUUUAUUUCAAUAUACUCUAAGUAAUUGCUUUACAA